UAAUAUAUUAUCAAACAAUUCUGGCUGCUCAACAAUCAGCAGCCAUGUCGGUAAAGAAAUCCGCCUCUCUCAACAGCGAAAAGGCCGCUGCCGGAGUUGUGGAGAAAGCCAGGAAACGACGGCGUUUCAACCGGUGGUUCUCUUCCGUCGAAGUAUCUCUGGAGCCAGGGAAGCAGUUGAAGGACAUGGAUUCCAACAAGGUGAAGGCUGAGAUCAGAAGAUGGGCUAAGGCUGUUGUGGCUUAUGCUCGCCAAGUCAGUGGCCGCUUUGGAAGUAGUUCUCGUGGCAAAUCUCAGACAUAGUUACUGUCAGAACAGAUUGUGUGAAUCGAAGAUAUGGGAUUUAUUCAUUGAAGAUGAACAGUUGGUGAAAUUGGGUGUGAGAAAUUGUUGUGUACAUAGAUGUUGCUGUAUGAUUCUUUUAUUCUUUUUGGGUUUGAUGUGUGCUUAAUUCUUCUGCUAUGGAAGAAGGAUCAGGAUCAGAAAAUAAGGGUGUGAACUUGCAUCUCAUAAUGAAAUAGUGACCUUUUAUUCUUCA